GAACCGACGCGAAACCACACGCGGGGAAAACCUGAACAACCUUCGCUCGCGGCCCGACCUGGGUGUUCGACGUGUGACGACCUUCCAUCAAGCCUACACCUCCGCCGCCGUUCAAGCUGUCAUGCCAGUCACCUGCCAGUGACAGCACCUCUCCUCCUUAGAAACAAAAGUGCGAGGCUGCGACCGGCCGAGCGCGAGAACGACAAGAUGGCCGCCGGCGAGAGAUGCGCGGUGCGCGUGCGCGGCGCGCGCCUGCAGUACGGCCGCACGCGGGUGCUGCAGGGCCUGGACAUGAGCGUGCUGCAGGGCACCAUCUACGGCCUGCUGGGAGCGAGCGGCUGCGGCAAGACGACCCUCCUGAGCUGCGUGGUGGGGCGGCGACGGCUGUGCUCCGGCGAGGUGGAGGUCCUGGGAGUGACCCCUGGGACCGUGGGCAGCGGCGUGCCGGGCCGGAGGAUCGGAUACAUGCCGCAGGAAACAGCCCUGUACAAGACCUUCACGGUCAUGGAAACCCUCCGGUACUUUGGCUGGAUCUUCGGGAUGAAGCCACAGGAGUUUGUAAAACGCGCUGAAAUGCUUCUCGACCUCCUCGAGAUGCCAGACAAACACAAGUUGGUUCAGUUCUUGAGCGGCGGCCAGAAGCGGCGCCUGUCCUUCGCCGCAGCGCUGCUGCACGACUCGGAGGUGCUGAUCCUGGACGAGCCCACUGUGGGGCUGGACCCGGUGCUGCGGGACGUCAUCUGGCAGUACCUGCUUAGGCUGGUCGGCCAUGGCGGCAAGACUGUCAUCCUCACCACGCACUACAUCGAGGAGGCGCGCCAGGCGCACACCGUAGGUUUGAUGAGAAACGGGCGCCUGAUGGAUGAGGACAGUCCGAACAACCUCUUGAACAAGUACGGUUGUGAUUCUCUUGAAGAUGUCUUCCUUCAGCUUAGCGUAAGGCAGGAACGAAGGACUGAUGUGCAGAUCGUCCCAGAUGAAGGUUGCCACGACGAAUCCGGCCAGCAAGACGCAGGAAAAUCCAUCGCACCCAGCGAACGAACGCAGUUCAUCGACAAACAGUUAGCACUAGUGACGCAUCACGAUGCUGGUGAUAACCACGUGGAAGAAUUCUGCAACUUAAUGUCCGUGGAUAGAAUGAAAGCCCUUCUCUUCAAGAAUUACAUAAGUGUGUUCAGAGACCCAGUGUACGUGUCGUUCAUCUUCGGGCUGUGCGUGUUCGCGGUGACGUGCGUGUGGGUGGGGUUCGGCGGCACCCCCCGCGGCCUGCGGCUCGCCGUCGUCAACCACGACUCCCGCGGGGCCGGCGCGAGACGCUGCGAGGGCUCGAGGCCCUUGGCGGCCUGCAACCUCACCGACCUGGGCUGCCGCUUCAUCGCGCACCUCGCCGCCGACACCUUCUACAAGGACUUCUACGACAGCCGCGAGUCGGCGGCGGAGGCGGUGCGCCGCGGCAGGGCCUGGGGUAGCCUCUACUUCAGCGAGAACUUCACCAGCGAGGUGGCGGACCGCGUGAUGUCGGCCCACUCCAUCACCUCACACCGCGACGUGCCCGACUCCAGCAACGUGCAAGUGCGGCUCGACAUGUCGAAUAAGGUCAUUGGCUGGAUGAUCUGGGAGGAGCUGCACGCAACUUACAUGAGGUUCGCCGACAGCAUACUUUCUUCGUGCGAUAAAAACGUCAGGAUUGCUCGAGUUCCCCUGUCGUUUAAGGAGCCUGUUUACGGAAGUAUGACUCCCAGCUUUCUUACUUUCGCAGCGCCUGGAGUUUUGAACAUGAUGAUGUACUUCUUCGGCGUGGCGCUGACCGUCUGGGGCAUAGCAGCCGAGAGAGAAGAGGGACUCCUCAACAGAAACAUAGUUGCAGGCGUGACGAGCUUCGAGAUCAUGUUCAGCUACUUCCUGACGCAGUUCGUGCUGAUGUGCUGCCAGGCCGCGCUGCUGAUUGGCUUUGGCAUCUUCGUGUACGACUUCCACUGCGCCGGCAGCCUGCUGCUGGUGGUUUGCCUCAUCCUGCUGCAGGGGAUCAGCGGCAUGUGCUACGGAUUUGUCAUCUCGGCGUCAUGUCAGACAGAGCGGACCGCCAUACACAUUGCAGUCGGUAGCCUGGUGCCUAUGAUGAUACUCUGCUGUGUCGUGUGGCCGGCGGAGGGCAUGUACGGCGUCCUGCGAGCAAUCAGCCCCUUCGUGCCCAUGACGCUGCCCGUGCACAGCAUGCGCGCCGUCAUGCUGCGCGGGUGGGGCAUGGAGCACUUCGACGUGUACGCCGGCUUCCUGGGCAGCUCCGCCUGGAUCCUGGUGCUGGCCGCCGCCUGCGCGCUCAUAUUCAGGGUGCACAAGCUGUGAUUCAACCCCUUCGACCCUGCAGCCCCUAUUCCUUCGGAGGAGAUGCUAAACGUAGCGCGAAAUACCUCCAUCUGCGCACGCGCACGAGGCGCGACGCUUACCUGCAGCUUGCGCCACUCUGCUGUUAGGUCUUACACAUCCAGCCAUGCGUGCCUGUAUACUGCCGAUGGUCGGCUCCGUGUGUGCAAGACACCGAAAACAUUGGGUGAAGUGUAAUGUUUCCAUUGUGGGAAUUGUUUUGAAACAUUUUAUAAAUGACUACGUAAAACUAUGGAGAUUCUAAUUCAUAAUCAUUGACCAUCAUCAAGUGUGGUCUAGCAACGACUUCAUGAUGUGUUGAGUGUUUAUGGCGAUGGGGAAGUAAAAAAGUGACAAAUUAUAUCACAGCAUGCCAUCUCACAAUUCCUAUCAACAUGAUCCAGCCAGGUAUGAAGGUUUGCCUUGGUAGGCCUACUCAUACUGGCUACCACCACACACAUUUUUUUUCUGCGUGCAUUAGCUGUGACGAAUCCUACUUCCCCAACCCACCUCUUACUUCUUCACCACCUAACAAUCCACACCCCUUAUGAAAACCCUUUUGAUGAGAUUAGACAGUAAAUGCAAUGUGAAAUACACCACUGUGGCAUACUUCUUCCCCUAUUUGCUUCUUUCAUCUCGUUUGCUAUCACUUUUUCUCGUGCCAAUCCUGUCGAUAAGAUAGUAAGUUCAUCUUGAAAUACACAAGCUACAACGAACCUCUUCCCGUACCACCUUCUUCCGCCCCUUUUUCUUCCACCCCUUUUACUUCCACCCCUUUUUCUUCCACCCCUUUUUCUUCCACCUCUAUGAUAUCUCCUAUUCUCGCAACAACCCUGCGGUAGAGCCAGUAAAUGCAACAUGAAAUACUCAAGCUGUGAUGAACACUUUUCAGUACUUACCCUUUUCUUCCAUCCUAUUUGCUAUCGCCAAUCUUCACGCCACCCCUGCGAAGGUGACAGUAAAUGCGGCCUGUAACACAAACUAUGACAAUCCCUUUCGCUGCUUGCCUCUUCCACGCCUUUUAUGUUCCCUAUUCUUCAUGCUAUCCCUACAGUAAUUGCUGCGCCAAAUACAAAAUGUGACAAACACCUACCCCCACCUUCCACUUCUGCCCAUUUGUUAUUUUAAUUUCUCAUGGCAUCCCUGCGGUUUCGCCAGUAAUUGCGCGAAAUACAAAAUAUGAGACAAAACCUCCCCCUACCUUCCAUUUCUACACAUUUUGCUAUUUUCAUUCUUCACACCAUCCCUGCAGAGGAGACAGUAAAUUAAACUGAAAUACAAAAGUUGUGACCAUCACCAUCUUCGUACAUACCCUCCCAUUUAACUAAUAUUGUUCUCUAUACCCUCCUUUUCUCCUCCCAGCUGUAUUCUCUACUCGCACCACCUCUUUGAGGAGAUGGUGAAUGUAGCACAAAAUACCUAGACCUGCACUCAUGUUUUUUGGGUAUGAACACAAGAAGCAAUGCCUGCAUUCGCAACAUGUGCAAAUCUGUCUCUAUAACUUUACACUUCCAGCAAGUUGACACCUUAAUAUAAUUAGGUAAUGUCUGUGUCAUUUAACUUGUCUCAUAUUCGACAGAUUUUUAACAGUUGUACCACUGGUCUAUGUAUCCUUCUAUCAUUGUUCUGUUAAUGGUGUCUGUGAAUAGCUUCAGGUGGUUGUCAGUGUUUGUGAACGAACAUUAUGAAUUGUUUUGGUUACGAAAUUUGGGAAAUGGGUGCCACUAUUACUACUUUUGAAAACAGUCAAAUUUGAGAUAAGUCACUUGGCACAGACUUUAUAUAGGAUUGUUUUGUGCACCCGUUGUUGGAAAAUACAAGAAAGUUAAGACUAAAUAUCACUUCGCACUUUAGCCACCAUGGUUAUGUUUUUACUGCAAAAAAUAAUACUGUCGCUUCACAUGUGUUUGAUAAUGCAAAUCCAGUGUAGAGUCACAGCAAUAUUUAUGAGUCAAAACCUAUCUUACAUUGUAAGGUGAGGCCCAUGAACACAUAAUGCCCAGUUUCAACAAAGACAAUUCCGAGUGUGGGAUGAAGAUCGUCCUGCAAAACCACUGGAUGAACUCCAACUGUUGUCGGAUGUUACUAUUAUUAAUCCUGUUUAAGGAAACUUUUAACUAUGGUAAAGUUUGUGACUGUCGAAAUGAGUAGCCAACUGCUCUAAAAUAAUCACCAUUGUUCAAUUCUUUUUACGGCUCGUCUUCACCUAUACCUUUUGGUGACUGCAUUUUCAAUUUAUAAUUUUUAUCUAGAACAAUUUCUACGAAAUUGUCGCUAUAUAAGGAUAUCAUUUAGUGGUAUAUUUUGAAUUUUGUAUUAAUAUAUGUAUACAGAAUGAUUCACGUCGAGUUACCACCACUCACUUAGCUUAUCCAUUUAAUCAUUUGGAGCAUAAAUGUGGGACUUAUUUUACAGAUUAAUCAAAAACAUUAGAAAAAUGAAUGAAAUACUAACCUAUUCAGAUGUAAAAAAAAUGAUUAUUACUAGACUGUAAGGUUUACAGUUGAGCAACACAAUGGCAUGUAAUAAAUUUACAACAGGUUCUCAAAAAUGUUUCUAUCUGUUUCGGUACACUUGGCCGCAUGCUUAUGAACCGCACGGGUUGCUCUGCAUGGCUGCAUAUGGCUUUCUUUUAUAACUGGACUUAUUGCAUGAUACGAACAAUUAGUUCCUUUUAUAAAUCGUGCAGUCAUUUUACAAAUCAUGUCUUUCGUCCAUCCUCAUACGCAAUAUGAGGUACAUUGCAAGGUAUCAUGACAUAUUUUGCUCCAAAUGAUGUAAGGAAUAAGCCCUGUGAGUGGUGGUACCUAGCCCCUCAUGAAUCAUUCUGUAUACAGAACAAUUAUUUGAGAUUUAUUUCUAAGAAAUUUUUAAAACGUGUUUUUUUCCAAGAUCAAUUUACAAUACUUAAAAUACAUAAUAUAAUGUGGAUGGUACUUUACCGGUUAAACGACUGACAAUCGACUCAUUUCUGCUCAAUGUAUCACCACAAGCCCCAAAAAGGCCGCAAACGACUCAUUCUUACACAGAAAUCUGCAUCGGUGAUUAUCCAAUGAUCCAUAAAACUGUUCGGAAGGGCAAAAAAUUUAAUGCCAUUCUGUAAGAUGCACUUUACUUGGAUUCUUUAGGCUGCACAAUCCUUAAAAAGGUAUUCGGAAACCACCUUAAUUCGACCUUCUCUGUUUUACAAGAAAAAAAACCUGUUGAAACUAAGAAAAUUGAGGAAGUAAAAUUAUUUAAUUAUAUAAUAAUUUAUUUAACUUAAUUUUUAUUAGAGAAAAGAUGUAGUCCUUGUUCAACUUACCUGGUCUCCUAAAAUUAAAUAACAUUUAGGGCCUGUAUUACCAACUCUGGAUAAAAGCCGUGAAUAGCUAUACACUGAAUAAGCUAUUCGCUGAAUAUCUUCGUCCUCGUGUAUUACAAUCACCGAAUAGUGGCCAAAUAGCUAUUCGCAAUUUAUCUGAUGAUUUCGACACCUCUAGUGUAUUUUUUUAAGCGUUGGUAUUAAAAACCCUGCUAAGAUAGUGAAAAAUAAUGUUGUAGUGUUGCCAGUUUUGGUUAUUCUGACGAUCUUUUGUUUUCUUUACUUUUCUGCUAUCAUAUUCACUAUAUUAUUCAACACAUAUUUGCGCUUUGUGAGGCUAGAUAUGGCUGAAUUAAAAGUAGCGAAACGUGUGCGCUCCUCUAAUUACAGUAAACAAGAAUGCAUGAAGUUAGUUCAAUUCGUGCGCACGUUCGAAAAUAUAAUUGAAAACAAGAAGACAGAUUUUGUUCCAAAUCACGUAUUUUUAUUAACCUGCCAGGCAACAUAAAACACUGCUUAACGUAUUUUUAAGUGACCUUUUUUUACAUUUACAUUACAGUUUAAAAUAGACAAACAAUCCUUGUCCUAAAUUUGUUUUGCAUCACAGAUUUGCAGUUCGGAUUAGGGCAAUAUUUUAACCCUAAAGGAUUAUUUUCGAAUGAAGUAUAAGGCCUUGUCACAAGUCGCCCAAAGAGUACUCUCUCGCCCACUCUUGACGUCACAGAGGGUACUUUCUCCAGUCCCAACUGAGAGUAUACAAUCCUGAGAGGGAGAGUGGCCAGUGAGAGUGCAUACACUCUUGAAUUGUGACACGGUCUUAACAAAUGGCCAAAAAAUAAACACCCCCCCCCCCCCCAAACCAACCACCACCAAAAAAAAAAACAUUGAACACACUAAACAAUAAGGAAAAUUUUGGUUAGGUUUGAUCUGUAAAUUUUAUGACAAAGAAAAUUAAAGGUAAAUAAACUAAUGCAUAGUUUACCUAUUGGUAUUAAACGCAAUAUUGCCAUUAAUUUCUUCAAGCAACCGAAGUGCUGAAUGUCUGGAGAUUCUGAAUCGCAUAACAAAUUCAUCGUCGCUCCACUCUUCAUAGUUAUCUGGACGGUAUCUAAUUGUUUUCGCCAUUCUUGUUCUAGAAAGCAAAAUCUCCAAAAACUCAUCAUCAGAAUCACUAUCAACAAUCAUCUGUCUCCUUCCAGCCGUAUUUGAUUUCAGUAGCACAGCUGAUCGGCCCGAUGCCUUCGAAGUGCUUAUUCGCUGAAUAAGGCCUUAUUGGCUCGUCCGACCACCGAAUAGUUCAUUCAGCGAAUAGGCGCCCGAAUAUAACUAUUUAAAGGUCGUAAUACGUUCGUGGAUGCUAUUCAAUAAAUAAAUUUUAUUCAGAGCAUUAUCCGGAGGUGGUAAUACAGGCCCUUAAUCUUUUAAAUAAAAUGUAGUGCAGUAAUGCUCAAAAUACAAGCGUUUUACAGCUAAUAUGAAAGUAUUUUUUUAAUUAAAAAAUUUAUUUUUACAGACAUUCCAAAAAAAGUAGAAAUUUCUGAGUAUAUUUAAAUAUCUACUAGUUUUAUAAUUUGAAUAAAAUAAAAAACAAUAUGUACAAGCUGGUUUCAUAAGUUGUAAUCAUUUUCUUACAAUUUAUAAGUCUAAGGACCAGUUUCACCACAGCUAGAUUAAACUUUAGGUAACUAAGCUUCGCUUAAAGUUACCACAUGAUUUUAAGCUUUCCUUCAAGGUUUUCAUUUCACCAGACAUGUCUCGUUUACCACUAAACUCAUGUAGUCACACAUAGCUUAACUUUAUUGAAGUUCUUUAGAAACAAAAUUACAAGGCUGUGGUGAUAUAGGUACUUGUUUUUUUUUUUCGUUUUGAGGUCAUAUUAAGUUAUUUUGUAAACAAAUAAAGUUCACAAACAAAAUAAAUAUUUUAAUUUCUAAACUUCACUAUAUCAUUUGUAAAAAUGUAUGUAUAUAAAACUUAAGUUUUUUAAGUAUAUGUAUUUUGAUAGUGGUUGACUAAUGACAUGAGGAUCUUUCGCAAAUACAGUCAAGUAUAUUCCUGUAUUCGUGUAUUAUUUAUUAAUAAAUAUCUAAAAUAAAAAUUACAAGACCUUUCUAUUUUUCUAACAAUUUUAGUCUUGUUUUAUUUAUUGGGCAAAUAUUUAAUUUUAUAAUUAAUUUUUUUUAGUUAAGUUAUUUGUAUUAGAAGAAAUAUUAGGCCACGCUAUAAGACAAUUAUUAAAAUGUCUUUACGAUGUUCUUGAUUGAAUGUGCAUGUAAAAUUUAGAUGCGAUUUAUACAGUGUUAUAUGAAAUAUAGUUGUAUCAUUUUACUAGCUUUCUAGUUUUCUUGCUUAGGUUAAAAUGUAAAAUCAUUUUUUUCAACUAAAUAUGAAGCUCUUUUUUCGUAAUAAUUAAAUAUGUUAAAGGGAUUUAAGAAAUACGCUACUCACGAAAAAGCCCAAGAAUUUUGCAUUAACCUUUGUGGAAUAAAUAGAAAGGGUCACUGUAAUAGUAAUAAAUUAUUGUUAAAAUUAGUCCCAUUCAUAGUUUACUCAAAAAAUAUAUUAUUUUUUACCAGUAAUGAGAGUAAAUUCAAAAUUAUUUAUGUGUAUUGUUUUCGUCACAAUAACCUCGGGUAAGAAGUUAAACGUCCGAACUUGGUUUUUUAAAUUUAAUCUCUAGUUAUCUAUCUUAAACUCCCGUUACUAUAUGAUGAAUUUAUAUCCGUUAUUAAACUUUACUUAAGCGUUUUUAACCUCAUCUUAAAAUCUAAAUAUUUCGUGGCCAAAUUGGCCCUUAGCCAUAGAAUUAAGUUAAACAAUUUAAGACUGAUUGUUGAACAGUAAUAGAUACAUAAAAUUCUAAGAUUUUUCGUACUGUAAUUCUUGUAUAUUAUUUCUAACAAUUUUUAUUCAAGUAUCCUAAAAUAAUGUGGUUCUUAAGAAGAAUGUAAAGUAUGUUUUAUAUUGUAUGUGUCUUGCUUAUACUUUUCAUGUAAUCAUGUGUAACAUUUUGGUGAUUACAUAAUUUUUCACUGA